AUGAGAGUGAGCCAGGACACAACUGAUCCUAACAGAGCAUUGAACUUGAAAAGCAGGGCAAGGAAAAAGGAUGGAAAAGCAGAUGUGAAGUCUCUCAUGGCGAAGUUUAACACUGGGGGCAACCUGACAGAGGAGGUCUCACUCGGCAGUCGGCCCUUCAAAGCAGGAGAUCCUGCCCCUUCAGGAAUACAAGCCAAGAAAAGUGUAUUCACCAACCAAGGAAGCAGUCACGCUCCAGGACCCAACAAUUUAUCAAAGUUUGGGACUCCAAGGCCUUCUUUUGGAUUAAAGCCUUCGUUUGAGGAGAAAACCGACAAGGAUCCCAAACCCCCACAUCUGAAACCUACUGGAGUAGGCCAAAGGUUUGGGACUCCAGUGAACUUGGCCAACAGGGGACCCAGGGGAAAAUCAGGAUUUCUGAAACCUGUAGGCCCCAAACCAUUCGACCAGCCAAAAGAAGAAUGCAAGCCUGUGUUCCCGAGGCCCUCUGGGAACAAACCAUUGCUUCAUGCUGUCAACCAAGAGAAUGACUUAAAAGCUCCUGGUCAAAAGCCUCUUUUCAAUGCUCCAGCACAAGAAAAUGAACCUAAACCAGUGUUUCCAAAGUUGGCGGGAGCUAAAGGAAAGUUCAUCAUCCCUUCACAAGACCAUGACCCCAUGCCCCCUUUCUCCAAACCAGCAAUUGGACAGAAACCUUCUCCCAAUGCAGAUGCCUCCCAUGAUGAUCAGAGCCCCAGCAAGAGUACAUUUCCGCAGAAGGGCCGCAUUGCCGCUCCCUCCAAACCCAAAAUCAGCCCUCUCAAGCCAGCCAGGGAAGAUAUGGAAAACAAAGACUAUGGGACUGACCCCCCAAAUAUGCCUUUCCCUGGGGUAACUCUGAAACCUGCUGCCAGCAGAGGUACUCCAGGCCAGCCCCAAGUCCUUCCCAAAAAUACUGAAGAGAAAAAGGAAGAAAGGAAGAUAGAUGCAGCUAAAAGUGUAUUUAUGAAUAAAAUGAAUCAGGGACUCUGCUCAGGUGCCACUCCACCCAAGUUCCCAAAACCACCUUCCAAGCUGACAGUGGGAGGGCCUUGGAACCAAAGUCAAGAGAAAGAAAAAGGAGAUAAGAAUCCUACCACCCCUAAGCAGAAGCCCUUGCCUGCACUGUUCACCCUGGGCCCAGCCCCACAGAAACCCAGCAGGCCACCUACUCUAAAUUAAACUAGAUUUCACAAAGUGAGUGAAGGAGGUUUUUCCAACAAAGGAACAGUGCCUUAUUCUGUGACCACAACACCUCCACCUCCUCCACCAGCACAUCCUGCCACUCAACCAACCCCUCCAGCCCUUUACCCAACACAACCACCAGUUCCAAGUCUACCGCCCAGAAAUAUCAAAAUUCCCCCUGAACCAAAAACUUCAACAAGUGAAGAAAAUUAUGAUGAUGUUGAUAUGCAAGAUCCUGGAAAUCCAGAUGAGGAUCAAGACAGUGAUGGAGAAACAUAUGAAGACAUAGAAACAACAAAAGAACGAGAGAAGAAGAGGGAUAAAGAAGAGAAGAAAAGACUGGAGCAGGAGAAGAAAGAGCAGAAGGAGAAGGAAAAAAAGGAGCAAGAGAUCAAGAAAAAGUUCAAACUAACAGGUCCUAUUCAAGUUCUUCAUCAAGCUAAGGCUUGCUGUGAUGUCAAAGGCGGGAAAAAUGAGCUGAGUGUCAAGCAAGGAGAGGAAAUCGAAAUAAUCCGCAUCACGGACAACCCUGAAGGAAAAUGGUUAGGCAGAACCUCCAGAGGUGCAUAUGGCUAUAUUAAAACAACAGCAGUGGAGAUCGAUUAUGAUUCCUUGAAAAGAAAGAAAAAUUCAAUGAGCACUCUUCCAUCAAGACCCAUAGAAGAUGAUCAGGAAGUGUAUGAUGACGUCGCUGAACAUGGCAGCAUAAGCAGUCAUAGUCAAAGUGGCAGUGGAGGAAUGUUCUCAACUCAGGAUGAUGAUAUUUAUGAUGGUGUUGAAGAAGAAGAUGAUAUUGGUUUCCCUUCUCCCCCAAAGCAGAUUGAAGUGGCUGCAGGUGACGAAGUCUAUGAUGAUGUGGAUUCCUCUGACUUUCCUCCUCCACCCAUGGAACUCAGUGUAGGACAGAACUUUGGCAAAAGCAAACCAGAAGAAAAAGACCCAAAGAAACUGAAAAAGCAAGAAAAAGAAGAAAAGGAAUUCAAGAAAAAAUUCAAAUUUGAUGGUGAAAUUAGAGUCCUCUAUACAACUCAAGUGGUGCCUACCUUAACUUCUAAAAAAUGGGGAGCCCGAGAUUUACAGUUAAAGGCUGGAGAGUCUCUUGAAGUUAUACAAAGCACAGAUGAUACAAAAGUACUUUGCAGGAAUGAAGAAGGGAAAUAUGGUUAUGUCCUUCGGAGCUGUUUGGUAUACAAUGAAGGAGAGAUCUAUGAUGAUAUUGCUGAUGGUUGCAUCUACGACAAUGACUAGUAGCUCUCCACUUUAGUAGCUGUCUUCAUUAGAUCCUAACAUGCAUUUUCAGUUUUAAUUGUCAUAUUAUUAAGAUGUAACAGCAGAUGAAUGAACAAAAUAUACUUUACUUGUUUGUUACUAAAGUACAAUUCUCAACAUAAAGAACUGGAAAUCAGGGCCCUUUUGGAUUAUGUUUAUACUAAACAAACAUCCCAGAGGUAUUCACUGAUGAGGCUAUGUGUCCACUUCUCCUACCACAGUCAUGAAAGAGCUUUUUUUGGAACUUCCUACUCAGUAUUUUUAAGGAUAUACACAGUUCACUGAUAAGUUGCUGGGCUUCAAUGAUAGCACAUUUGGUAAAGUAGCAUAAAAUGGGAAAUAUGUUAUGAGAAGGAAACCCAUCACAUUCAUUUUAACCAAGGAAACAAACAUAAGUUGGCAUCCAGAAAAGCAAUUUUUCCACUUUAAAAACUCUUCUAAAAGUUUGCUAAAAUUAAAUUAUAUUAAUAAUACACUUUGUAUUUUAAAUUUGCAGAAUGUCUUGUCUAUAGUUGUUAAUUUGGAAAGCAUAUUAAUUCUUUUCUUAGAGAGUUUAAGUUAUAAUUUGUGUAUUUUUGUACAGUCAUCUAAGAUAAAUGUUAUAAGUUAGUCUUUAAAACCCAUCUUUUAGCUGAUUUUUGAUAUACGAAUAAUUUGAUUCUGUUCAUUAUUUAAAGUGAUGUUAUCUGAGAAGUAACUUGGACCUAAACUGUGACUAAAUAUAACUAUAACAUGAAUAUAGUCUAUGAACAGACCUAUUUUUAUUCUAAAUC